ACGUCGAUCAUAGAAGUAUUUUGUGUUACUUUUGUUUGAAAAAUCUACUUAAAUAAGGCAUUUGUUCUUCUAUAGAAACAGGUUGAUCUUUAUUUUUUUUUCUGAAGGGUUGUGUCAGGAAUUGUUUGACAAAAUGCGUUUAGAAGUGCCAGUGUUGAAAAGAUGUGGUUUUUGUUUACCUUUGCGAUAUGGUUUGAUUGUUUGGGGAUAUCUGAGAUUGGUUCUAUCCGCAUUAGCAAUAGUCGCCGUUGAGCAAUGCUUCUCUUCAAUGUUAUCACAGGCACAAACAGAAGAAGAUGUAAAAUACACCAUCUAUACAGUUCUGUUAGGGAUGCUCCUAAUAUUAAUAUUAGCUGACAUCUUAAUGAAUAUUGUCUUCGUUAUUGGAGGUCAUAGGAAAAUCCUGAAGCUCCUGAAGGCGUAUUAUGUGUACAGUUUGAUUCUCUGGAUCACCACAGCGCUGGUGGGUCUUGGCCUGGUCGUCUACGUGAUAUACUGGUUUACUGAAUUAGAGGAUACUGACGAAUAUAUUUGGGUUCUCCCAGUCGCCAUAACUGUUUAUAUUACACAGAUUUUGAUACAGGCCUACAUACUUCUGUUAGUGAGAAGCGUAAUAAUUAAAAUAAAGAAAGGAUUUGAAAUUCGAUUCAUAAACAAUGCGGCUGAAUGUGAAUGCACCAUGUUUGCUGAUGAGGAUAUACCAGACAUUGAUGAUACGAGUGAAGACGAGAAGUGAAUCAUUGAAAAUAUAUUGAAUACAAAACAUCAGCACAUCAUAAUAUCCCUACCUGGCAAAUAAUUAUAAACUGUAUUGUAAAACUAUAAAGUUCAUUGUGGAAUACCUACACACUAGCACACCAAGCUACUCCACACUGGCAAAGAAAUAUUGACUUUAUUCCAAAGUUAUUACACAGUUGAUUGUCGGAAAUAAAUAUGCUAAGCUUGUA